UCUCAAGCUUUAAUUUUCGGGUUUUUCUUCUUGGACAACGCCCUGUCCAAACAGGGGGCGAUGUGGCGCCCCCUGUGGCCGGGUGUCUGCUGGCGCCCCCGGCUCCGUAUUUUAUAGCUCCACUAUGCGAGGAUAUUUUAAACUUUAGGAAAAUUAAGGGCGCUGCUACUUGGACAAGCCCCCUGUUUGGACGGGGCGAGCAGCGCCCAUAUAAUACUCCAUUGAUGGGGCCCAUGCAAAUAAUACUGCUUAUACAAAUGCUCAAGAGGAAUUUGGCUGCAGGAACCAACCUUUUGGAUACUGAAGCUCCACUCUUAAAAGAUGUCGUCCGUGGUUCUGUCGACUUCAAAGGUCACCCUGUUACCCGAUCCGGAUCCGGGUGUUGGAAGUCAGCUUUCUUCAUCAUAGGUGUUGAAGUUGCUGAGAGAAGUGCAUACUAUGGAAUACUUUCAAAUUUGAUAAGCUAUUUGACGGGUCCAUUAAGCCAAUCCACUGCAACAGCAGCGGCAAAUGUGAAUGUGUGGACUGGAACGGCCAUGCUUACACCCCUUUUGGGUGCUUUUGUGGCUGACUCCUUUCUUGGUCGAUACUUGACCAUUAUUAUUGCCACUGGGCUCUAUAUCCUGGCACUUGGUGUUAUGUCCAUAUCUGCCGCUGCUUAUUCAUAUUCCGAUUACCUAAAUACUGUAGAAAAUAACAAAGCAUCUUCUCCGCCACAGUUUCAAGUUAUUUGCUUCUUCUUCUCAUUGUAUUUAUUUGCACUAGCACAAGGUGGGCAUAAACCUUGUCUUCAAGCUUUUGGAGCUGACCAGUUUGAUGAACAAAACCCAAAAGAAUGUAAAGACAAAAGCUCCUUCUUCAAUUGGUGGAGUUGUUUCAUGAAUAUAGGAGUUAUAGUUUCUCUCUAUGUUUUGAACUACAUUCAAGACAACCUAAGUUGGAGUCUUGGCUUUGGAAUCCCGUGCAUUGUCAUGUGCCUUGCCCUGAUAAUAUUUUUGCUUGGAACUACAACCUACCGAUUUCGCUCACAGAGCGAAGGAAGAAGCCCGUUUGUGAGAAUCGGUCGAGUAUUCCUAAACGCUGCUAGAAACUGGCGGACUAGCCCGGCAGAAAUAUCUAAGGAAGAGGAUGCUCAAGGUAUUCUGCCUCAUCAAGGCUCUCAACAGUUCAAGUUUCUUAACAAAGCAUUGGUUGCACCUGAUGGUUCUGUGGAAGACUGGAAAGUUAGUGAGAUAUCUGAGAUUGAGGAGGCAAAGGCAGUUCUCAGGCUUGUUCCAAUAUGGACUACAUGUUUAGGAUAUGCCAUUAUAUAUUCACAAUCCUCCACUUUAUUCACCAAGCAAGGAGUUACAAUGGAUCGCCAUAUCACGUCUAGCCUACGAAUACCAGCUGCUUCAUUUCAAUCUUUUGUCAGUGUUGGCGUUGUUGUCUUUAUUCCAAUCUAUGAUCGCGUUGUGGUUCCAAUUGCAAGAUCAAUAACUGGGAAACCUGCAGGCAUAACAAUGCUUCAACGAAUUGGAACUGGAAUAACUUUAUCUUUUCUUUCCAUGGUAAUUGCAGCUUCAGUUGAGAGGGAACGUCUGAAAAUUGCUGUCAAAUAUGGACUGGUGGAUCUGCCAAAUGCAACUGUACCAAUGAGUGUGUGGUGGCUGCUACCUCAGUAUUUGCUUUUCGGAAUUGCAGAUGUAUUCACCUUGAUUGGGCUCCAAGAAUUCUUCUACGACCAGGUUCCAAAUGAACUGAGGAGUAUUGGUCUUGCUCUAUACCUCAGCAUCUUUGGCAUAGGAAGCUUUUUGAGCAGCUUUCUUAUCUCUGUGGUGGAGAAAGCCACCAGUGGCCCGGGUCAAGAUGGUUGGUUUUCAGACAACCUUAAUCGGGCUCAUCUCGAUUACUUCUAUUGGCUACUGGCUGGGCUUAGUGCUGUUGCACUCGCUGCCUACAUCUACUUUGCAAAAUCUUACAUCUAUAGGCGAAGAAAUAGUCUGUGAAGUUGUAUAGAACUACUACCUCGACAAAUUAUGGGGAGUAGAACUGCAAUAUUGUGCAAUAAACUGAACUAAUAGUUAAUAGUUUGUGUAUAUAUCGCAAGAAGAAUUUGUAAAUAAACAAUGUUGCUUGUAUGUGUAUACAUCUUUCGAAUUUUAUUUA